UGCAAGGAACACUCUAACACGAGGGUUUGUUUUUCAAGAUGAAAGGGACUGUUGGCAAUGGGCCUGAAGGGUGUAAGACCAGGAAUAGUAGUACUGCUGGUACCACAUUGGAGUCACUUAUACCAAUCCGCCCUCGGUGACACUCCUGCUGAUCUGCAGUAGAAUCAGGGGUAGUACGGGUUGAGCGGGGAACACCACCCACAGUUUUACUUAUCAGUUCAAGUCUGGAGCCUCAACUCGAAGUACAGCGUUGCACCAGCUGCAUCGUUGCCGGUCACCACAUUUGUCCAGAAGGCCGAGCAGUUACAGGUACUCGACGUAUCACCAACCUUCCGUUCUCGGACACUUCUCCGUGGCCGAUUCUCACUCGCCCUCGACACCUAAAGCUUAUAAGUGAGAUCAAAUCAUGCUGUGAUUCCAAGACUUGAGCAUCGCAGUCGCAGUUUGUACAGCCGUCGAACAUCUCAUAGCGCAGUCAUCUGGUCACAAUGGUUCAGCUCCUCCCUGCCCUUCUGACGCUCAUCACGGCCAUCGCCGUGUCCGGGUCACCGCUGCCCGUGGCAGAAGCCCAAGGCGAGAUCGAGGCUCGGGCGUGCGCCUACACAUGCGGCAGCGUCUGCUACCAGUCAACACACAUCACGGCAGCCCUCAACAGGGGGUACUCUCUGCAGCAGGCCGGGUCAGACGUUAACAACUACCCGCACCGGUAUAACAACUACGAGGGCUUCAACUUCCCCACCUCAGGCCCCUGGUACGAGUUCCCCAUCAUGUCGAGCUACAAGGUCUAUAACGGGGGCUCGCCGGGGCCUGACCGCGUCAUUUUUGACGACGAUGGCGCGUUUGACAUGCUCAUUACCCAUACCGGGGCCAGCGGCAAUGCAUUUGUAGCCUGCCGGCGGGGGUAGGCCGUCCGGUGACGCUCAGGGUGUUUGUUGGGGAGGAGCCUCGCGUCGGUCAGCCAACGUCGGGUGUAGACGACUAGUUGGACGGGAUGGCUAGAUAGAUCCAUCAUUGGCAAUUUGGGAAAGAGGAAUGCCGCUGGUAUAGGCCGGACCAUAGCAGUAUCCACCUAGACUCCUCGAAGACGAUCGUAAGGGAUCCCAGGUCCUGCGGAUCAAACAAUGCGUUUGCGUACAUCUGUAUCUCUCCC